UAGCUUUACUUUCCUCUGAAAUCAUUCCAUUAUCUAUAUUUGUAUUUAUUUUUUUCAUUUUUAACUACACCAUACAGUAUCUUAGAAAGUUUAGUUGCAAUAGUAAGUAACCUAUACUUUUCCGACGGCUUCUUCCGCCGUAGCUCCGCCGUCAACUUCCAACAACCACCCUCUGAAAAAUCCCAUUUUUUUCAUUUUCAACUUCCCUUUUUUGUUCAAUUUAACUUUUUUUUACUUCACAUGUGCUUGCUUAGCAGAAUGUAUGACUUGGUCAAGAUUCAAGAUCUGAAGCAAAUUUAGGGAUCAACAACUGUUUUUCUGAUCUGAGUCUGCUCUGUUUCUCAGUUUGAUUCUAGUAUUUGCGCAUAAGAAUGUUCCAACUGUAACUCUGUGAGAUUCCUGAAGAUUUCUAGGUGGAUAAAGUUGUGGUUUUUGAGAUGGAGAAAAAUGUAGAGGAAGCACUACAAGCUAAAGCAAAUGCCGAAAGGAAAUUUGUGGAGAGAGAUUUUGUGAGUGCAAAAAAUUAUGCUUUAAGAGCUCAGAUGCUGUGUCCUCAGUUAGAGGGCAUAUCACAAAUGGUAGCUACCUUUGGUGUUCACAGUGCUGCAGAGAUGAAGGUUAAUGGAGAACUUGAUUUCUACACGAUACUGGGUAUGGAUCCAUCAGCAAACAGGGCUAAGCUGAAGAAACAAUACAAGAGGAUGGCUGUGUUACUCCAUCCUGAUAAGAACAAAAAUAUCGGAGCUGAUGGUGCGUUUAGGUUUAUUUCUGAAGCAUGGACUGUAUUGUCUGAUCGUGCUAAAAGAAGCGCUUAUGAUCAGAGGAGAGAUUUAUUUACUCUGCAUACUUCUGGUGUUGGCAACUAUGCUAAUUACUCCAACACUCCAGCUUCUCAUGGCAGGCUCGAUACAUUUUGGACUGUUUGUACCUCUUGUCAGGUUCAGUAUGAAUAUCAUAGGAAAUAUGUGAACAAAAGACUGUCUUGUAAGAACUGUCGUGGAGUUUUCAUAGCUGUUGAAACUGGAUUGGCCCCUGUAAAUGGUUCCUAUGCAUUUAGCCCUUGGCCUUAUGUGCCUGAGAACGGAUACAAAAGCCAUGGUUGUGGGGUUACGUAUGUUCCAACAUCGCCUGCUUAUUCUGCAAAUAGUAGGGUCCCAGGACAUCAUUCUAAACAUGGUUCGGAGCAUGCUUCCAAUUUAUCCUUUCAGUGGAGCUCCUUCCCUGGAACUUCUGCCGGAGUUUUAGAUCCAAAUGGGUCAUCCACCGGCUUCAGUUUUACCCAGCAGACAAAUACGAAAGUCUCUGGAAGAAAAGCUAAUGGGAAGCAAGAACUAACAAAAACGGCUGCUGAUGGGUCUGUGGGUAGUGAUCAACUGCCCCGCAGGCCUGGUAGGCCUCCUAAGAAGAGAAAAAUUGAUAUGGAGAGUACAAAUGGUUAUAGUAAUGGUGAUGUGGCUUCAAACGCUGCUGCAGAAGUCAUAAUGGCAGAUGGAAAUGGGAGUGAGAGUUUGAAAAGAAAUGCUAAGCUUCCUACUCCUGAAGUUCCAAUCCGAAGAUGGCCUAUGGCUCCUGCAUUUGAUCCAAGACCGUUGUUAAUUGACAAGGCAAGAACAGAUAUCCGCAAGAAACUGGAAGAGAUCAGGUUGGCUGCUGUAGAGUCUGAGAAAAAGAGAAAGGCACAUGCUCAAUUUGGUGAAUCGAGUGAAAGACCUAAAAGAGAAGGUCUUGGUCUUGCUGCUCAUCAAUCCGAUACGAGGAAAACUGUGUCCAUGACUUUGACUGUCCCAGACUCUGACUUCCAUGAUUUUGACAAGGAUAGAUCAGAGGAUUGCUUCAUGCCGAAGCAGAUAUGGGCUUUAUAUGAUGAGGAAGAUGGUAUGCCUCGCUUGUAUUGUCUGAUCCGCCAAGUUAUCUCGGUGCAGCCCUUCAAGAUUCAUAUCAGCUACUUAAGUUCAAAAACAGAUAGUGAAUUUGGGAUUGUCAAUUGGUUGGAUUCCGGUUUUACCAAGUCAUGCGGAAAAUUUAGGGCCUUUAACUCUGAAGUUAUUGAGCAAGUCAACAUAUUUUCUCAUCUUCUAAAUGGGGAGAAGGCUGGAAGAGGAGGGUGCGUUCAGAUUUACCCCAAAAGUGGAGACAUUUGGGCCAUUUAUCGAAAUUGGUCACCAGAUUGGAACAGGAAAACCCCAGAUGAAGUGAGGCACCAGUAUGAAAUGGUGGAGGUCCUUGGCGAUUAUUCUGAAGAUUUUGGUGUUUGCAUUGCUCCUUUGGUCAAAUUAGAUGGAUUCAAGACAGUAUACCGACGAAACACGAACCAGGAUGCCAUUCGGAAGAUUCCAAAAAGAGAGAUGUUGCGAUUUUCACAUCAGGUGCCAUCUUGUUUACUGAAAAGAGAAACCAUGAACUUGCCGGAGGGGUGCUGGGAGCUCGACCCUGCUGCUACUCCAGAUGAUUUGCUUCAAGGGGCAAGUGACGUACAGGAGGAAAGACCUAUUCAAACUGAAAGGUCUUCGAGAGUUGAUCUAGAUGAGACAUCUCAGGCUGAAUCCAGAAUAUUGGCUGAACAAGAUCUUAGACAACUAGAGUACUCUGCUGAUAUGUUUGAUGAGGCUACACCUGUCUUGCAGAUUCAAGAAAACUCGAAUGAACAGCAAGCCCUGUUCAAACCCUCCACCGAGCUUCCUCAAUCUGCAAGUCAAAUUCAUACUUGCGAGGAACCCAGCAAAUUGGACAAUCACAGUGCUACAACACCAGGUGAGCAUCCGCAAUCUGUGAUGAAUGAAUAGGUUAAUGAAAAAGGCCCAAAAAAAAAGGAAAUUUGGUUUCGAGGUCCUUUUUUUCAUAAUCAUUCUAACAGUAUUGAGAUUCAGAUUGUAUAGAAUUAUACACACAACGAAGGAUGAUUCUCAAAAUAUUAGAUAGCUGGCAGGAUCCGAAGUGAUCUGUAGAACUUGUACUCAAUUGUUUUUAAGUUGGUAUAGGCUAAUGAGCGACUUGUACUGAUAACUCUGAUUCAUAUCCUUUACAGAAGUUUUCCGAUUCAUAUCGUUUACACAAGUUCUUUUUGUUUGUUACUAUAGUGGACAAUUUCUUCAUGUAUUUGCUUUACGUGUGCUAUCUUCAGAAAUGCAGCAUCAUUCGGAUAGGUCCCUGUAAAGGGUC